AUGAAGAUUCGAAAACAUGAGCUUUACAGAGAGGACAUUCGGGACUUGACCGACCUCACCGUGUCCAAGAUGGAUGUGUACAUGGUCAUCAACGUCCUGCAACUGCUGUUUUGCGUGAUGCUGUUCACAGAGGGCAUGCCAUCACCUGGUUCCACCCCGCUAUGGCUGCACUGGAUUCUGGCCGCGACCAGCGGCUCUGGCGUGCUUUAUUUCGUCCUCAGCAUUUGGCUUUCGAUGCACGCAUCGAUUGCGGCCCAUUCCUUCGGGGUGCGGAUGUUGACGCAGUUUGUGCGACUCCCGGUGCCCAACUUGCAGCAGAUUGACUCCGCGGCGGCCAAAGCGAAGGACUAUGAGGCGAUGAGUCUGGGCCAGAUCCUCCGCAUCCCAGUUCUGCAGCAACAGCUGAGGAAACUCACCGCCACCAUGGGUGACCUGCAGAGCGAUGAGCUGGAGGACACCACUGGACAGGAGGACAACUUCCUACCAGAGGUGGCAGGAGUUUCCAUCGAGGAAGCUGCGACAUUGAAGCCCAGCACCCAGCAUUCGCAGGCACAUCCAGCUGUACAGAGACCUGCAAGCGAACUGGCAGGUGUCCUUUUGUCCGAAACGAAGACCGGCUGGGCCGCUGCCAGCUGCAUGGCGGUGGUGAGCUGCGCCGCCUGGCUCAUCAUCAGGCGCGUCACGCGGACGCGGCCGACGCGGCGCGUCACGGACGCCGCGGCGAGGAGGCCGAGCACGCGGGCGUCUGCGACGCGCGCGCGUGUGUUUACGGCUUGGGUGUGGUGCGACAAGUCCUCCCCUUUCUGUUUGAACAUGUAUACACAGACCCCGUGGCCCAAUGGUAGACCGGUCCAUUUUCUGAAGCUUCCAGGGAGCUGGGAGGUCUCCCUCUCCAUACGGUUGAGCUCAGUGUCAUGCUUAGUCAGACACGACCAGAUGAUGAGCCGACCGGAUGACCGUGAGAGACAGGAUCCAAUGAAUCCAAACACAUGUCCACGGGCCAAAAAAAGGAGUUGA